AUGUCUUUCCUUCAUAAUCAUUCUUGCGAGUGCGUUAAGUCAGAAUUGGAUUUGUUUGCACUACCGUCUACACAAACUAGCAUUGAAAAUGGAUUGUGGAUUCAUUAUAAACCAAUUUCAUCUCUUGGUGAUGAUGGACCUAUCGAGUUUCAAGUUCCUGGGACCGGCGAUGACUACAUAGAUUUGUCUCAUACAUUACUCCACAUAAAGGCAAAAGUAUUAAAUCAAGAUUCAACUAACUUGGUAUCUACUACAAUAGUAGCACCUGUAAAUAAUUGGCUGCAUUCACUUUUUAGUCAACUUGAUGUUUAUUUAAACCAAAAACUUGUAUCACCACCUAAUAAUACCUAUGCAUAUCGAGCAUACAUGGAAACCCUUUUAAACUAUGCCCCUGCUGCUAAACAAUCUCAUCUUACUUGUAGUCUUUGGUAUGAGGAUACAGCAGGAAAAAUGGAUUCUACAGAUGGUAAAAACAUAGGAUUUGUUAAAAGACAGGAAUUGAUUAGUGAAAGUAAGGAAAUAGAAAUGAUUGGUCAUCUUCACGGUGACAUUUUUAACCAAGAUAAAUUUUUAAUUAAUGGUGUUGAAAUGAGUGUUAAAUUGGUUCGAUCAAGAGAGAGUUUUAAUUUAAUUGUUGGGUCGAACGAUGUAAAGUUUAAAGUUUGCAUUACGGACGCAACUCUUAUUGUGCGACGAGCACGAAUUAAUCCAAGUGUAUUACUCGCACAUCAAAAAGUUUUAGCUUCUACCACUGCUAAAUAUCCUAUUACUCGAGCUGAAGUAAAAGUUUUAACAAUUCCUUCAGGUGUUCAAGGAAAAACUCUUGAUAAUAUAUUUUUAGGACAGGUACCGAAAAGAUGUAUAAUUGGAUAUGUGAACAAUUCUGCAUUUAAUGGUUCCCUUACUAAAAAUCCAUUUAACUUUGAAAACUAUGGUAUUAAUUCUUUCAGCUUAUAUAUUGAUGGUCAACAAAUACCUUCAAAAGCUUUGCAACCAUCUUUUAAUAAUAGCAUAUUUACAUCAGCAUAUCAUACUCUAUUCUCGGGAACUGGUAUUCACUUUCUUAAUGAAGGAAAUGGAAUCUCUUGUGAACAGUAUGGCAAAGGUUACUGUCUAUUAGCAUUUGACUUAACUCCUGAUUUAUCAGCUAACUCAUCAACUCAUUGGAAUCUCAUAAAGCAUGGUAGUGUAAGAAUAGAAGUACGAUUUGAAUCCUCAUUAAUACAAACAAUUAACUGUAUAGUUUAUGCUGAGUUUGAUAAUAUGAUUGAGAUAGAUAAAAACAGACAUGUUACUGUAGACUAUAGUAGUUAA